AUGACGGGCCGAACCGCCCGGGAGAGCGGAGGCCUGUCUGCUUCCCAGCGCCGGGCGGAGUUGAGGCGAAGAAAACUGCUAAUGAACUCGGAGCAGCGAAUCAAUCAGAUCAUGGGCUUCCACAGGAGCGGGAGUACCACGGGGGAGAUGCCCCCAUCCAUAUUUGCUCCAUUGCUUACUUUGCAACUUGCAUUCAUGCGAUUAUCUAAGUACUUCCCAAAGAGUGAAAAGAAGGUGAAGACAACAGUACUAACUGCUGCACUUUUAUCGUCUGGAAUCCCAGCUGAAGUAAUCAGUCGUUCCAUGGAUACCUGUAGCAAAAUAGGAGAUGUUUUCACAGACCUUUGUUUCUACUUUUUCACUUUCAUCUUCCGCCACGAACUGCUUGUUUUGGGGGGGGCUCUGAAGUUCCGUGAAAGCUAUAGAACACAAAAGAGUAUCUUAUAA